GUUGAUGUUGAACAUGUGAGUGCUGUAUGGAAGAUCAUCCGACUAGCAGCUUUUGAACUAGACCUUCUCAGUAACAAACAGAAAAAUGUGUCUGUCGGGACGUCCCCAAUGAAGCUGACCCCAGACUCCCCCCCUGGAGCGACUGUCGGGAGCCCCCCUGCGGUUGUCACCCCCUCCAUCUCUAGAAUGGGAGUCAGGAAACCACAAAGCCCUCCCAACAACAAGACCCUCCAGCCGGCAGCCACAUCCACCCCCAUCAGGAGGGACAGUGCAGGGUUCAUCAUGCCCACUACUGUCGCCCCGGCCAGGACCAGACCAGCAGUACAGCUCACACAGGCAGACAGGGAGUUCAGGGCACAGUUAGACUCUCUUAAUAAACGCCCAGAUAUUUUCCUGCCAAGGAAGACGAGAGGUAGAGGGGGACGAAAACCUAUUGUUGUUCAGAGAACACUCCUGCCGCGGCCAUCUCAGCCCUCUCGACACAUGAUGUCCCUGUCCUUCAUCCACAACUCCCAUGCUGCUAUCCAGGGCUCCUUCACUCCCAUCCUCCCCAGGAAAACCCCGUCUCCGGCCACUACCACCUCCCGACCCAUCGCCCCCAAGACUGCCGCUCACACCGCGACUGCUGGACAGUCCCUGGCAGCAACUUCUGGAGGUGCCAUCAGUCUAGCUGCCCAGGCUGCCGGGGUUCCCGGGGCCCAGCUCAGACCUACAGCCUCUCCCAAACCUCUAUCAGCAGUUGACUGCGCAGUGGCCAUGCAGACACAGACUCCAGUGCCAACGUACCCUACUGGCACUCCUGGUCAGCUGGGACCACCACAACCUCCAACACCUCAACAAACUUUAACAACUCACCCACGGCCUGUGUCUGAGCCAGCCCCUCUCAGCACACAGUCUCAGGACGUGAGCCUGGCGUUAGCAGGAGGACACGUGUCCCAGUCUGCGGCCGGCGGUUCUGGCAUGGGGAGUUUGGACGUCCUGCCUGACCAGGGCAGUUUGUCUGUCAUGCCUACAGCAGGCACGGGAAUGACAGACCCUAUCCUGGAUAUUAACAUGACGGAUGGAAUGACUGGAAAUCUGUCAUCUCAUUCAAGAGAAGGGCUGGACAUUCCUGCCAUCAGCACCAAUACUUCCCCCUCCAAACUCUGUCUGGAGUCUGUUCUUCUCAAUGGAGAGGCUGGUGAUAUAACUCUCAGCAGCUUACUAGCGACUCUUCAAUCUCCUGAAAAGGCCAAGAACAUGUCCCUGGGGGGAGGCUCUGUCCUGUUCAGUGAAGAAUCCAGGGACUCCCUGGCAUCUAAACAUGCACUGGAUGUGGACACCGCCCUCCACGCCAUGAUGAAUGAGAACAGCGUGGAUUACAUCGCUAAGUUCUCGGAGCUGGCGGCCCAGGUGGCCGGGUGUGCCACGCCCUCCACCACCAGAACAACUGACAGUGACACUGAAGCACUGGGCUUCUCAUGCUUAGCUGCAACAGAUGUAGAUAUGAGUGAAAAAAGAUAGUGGCAAUGCUGUAUCUCAUUCAGCUUUUUGCAGUAAGGCAGAACUUGAUUAUGCAAUCACUAUAUUUUUGGCUAAUUGCAAUUAAAGAUAUUUAUAUCAUGCAACAGACCUUUAGAAAGAUUCACAGCUAUCAAAAAGAGAGUUUUCUCACAGAUAUUCUUGUUUGCAUCCCUAAAAUCACUGAAUACAUUUUAAAUAUUGUACACUGGUCUCUCUUAUUCUCUUUGUUAUUUGCACAGUAUCAGUGACGAGAGUGUAGGUGUGCUAUUAUGCACUAGCAUUGUCAAAUAUGUGCUCAAUUAUCACAAUAAAACCCAACAGUAACACUG